AGGAGCAAGCAGGACUCCACUGCAGUCCGUCGAGCUCCCUAACUCAGCGAGGGAAAAUCCGCACGUAAAGGGAAAUGUUUUACUGAAGAUUUGCAAAUGUACUCUUCAUCUCGUUGCUGUUUCGCAGAGAAUAACAACCGAGAUGUCUGGAAACGAAAAGCUUUAUGGAUUCUUUUUCAUUUACUCCACACUUUCUUUGCUGUUUGGUGAGAAACCGGGAGACGGCUGUGGUCACUCCAUCCAGGGCCCGGAGAGCGGGGUCCUCUCCUCGAAGAACUACCCCGGCACCUACCCCAACAACACCUGGUGCCAGGUGAAGGUACGCGUGCCGGAGGGCAACGGCAUCAUUCUGAAGCUGGCCGACCUCGACAUUGAGGCCAAGGUGUGCAAGUCCGACUAUGUCCGGAUCCUCAAAGGGGCCUACAGGAACGAUCCCGUGUAUGGGCCGUCCUGUGGGAACCUGAAGACGCUGCCCAAGGACCCCGUGCUCGUCGACUCCAACGAGAUCACCGUGGAGUUCCGCAGCGGCGUUCACAUCUCCGGCCGAGGGUUCCUCCUGUCCUACGCCACCAGGGAGCACAAGGAUCUGCUCACCUGCUUGGACAAAGGCAGCCAUUUCUCAUCUCCGAAGUACACGAAGUACUGUCCAGCAGGAUGCAAAGCGGUGGCGGGCGACAUAUCUGGGGACGUUACGCAGGGCUACAGACACACGUCUGUCCUGUGCAAGGCGGCCGUCCACGCCGGUGUCAUCCAGGACCAGAUGGGCGGGGCCAUAACGGUGGAGGUGCACAAAGGCCGCAGUCACUACGCGGCAGCCAGGGCCAACGGGAUCCAGUCCAGAGACGGAUCCUUGUCCGACACCCUCUUCACGUUCAUCACUGACGAUUUCAGGAAGCAGACGACGUUGCAUCCCGUAUCGGUGAACGCCAGCUCCUGGUGCCAGCGGUGCGUCGUAGCGGGGCGCCUGCAAGACUCGCCCCCCAACAGCGGCCUCCCAGACACCGGGGGGCGUACCUGGGAGCCAGAGCACCACGACCGCAAGCAGCAGUGGCUUCAGUUCGACCUGGGCGAGAAGAAGAAAAUCACAGAGAUCGUAACCACAGGGUCAACUCUCCUGGACUUUGACUGCUACGUCGAGAGUUACAAGGUCGAGUACAAGGAGAGAAGCCAGUGGAAGACGUACACUCAUCACAACAGCUCCGACUCCAAGGUGUUCGAGGGGAACGUGGACAACCUGCACACGGCCCGGAACACGCUACACCCGCCCAUCGUAGCGCGUUUCCUGCGCAUCGUCCCGUACACCUGGCACGAGAGGAUCGCCCUUGGGGUUGAGCUGCGCGGCUCGCCCUAUGUCAGAGUGGACACAUCCUCCCAGUUUAUCCCCCUGGAGACCGUGAGGCCAGAACCCUUCCCCCCCAGAGAAGACAAUCAAACAACCCAGACCGUGACCUCUCAGGGUGAUAUGGUGCAACUGGCCAUCAUCAUCGUCUCCACAGUUGUGGGCGUGCUGGUGGUUCUGGGAGGAAUCUGCGUUUUCAAGAGCCUGCACAAGAAGAAGACAAAGGAGACGCCGUACGGGGCCACCGACGCCCAGGAAACAGGAUGCUGGAAGCAGAUACAGCAGCCCUUCUCCCGCCACCAGUCCACAGAGUUCACCAUCAGCUACAGCUCGGAGAAGGACCCCGUGCAGAAACUGGACCUGGUGACCAGCAACAUGGCGGAGUACCAGCAACCCCUGAUGAUUGGGACGGGGACCGUCGCACGGAAGGGCUCCACGUUCAGACCUAUUGACAAGGAGGGCAAGGACGACCCCGCGGACCCCGCAGCGCACUACGAUUACCUGCACACGGCCAACCAGUACGCCCUGCCCCUAACCAAUCAGGAGCCGGAGUACGCCACGCCCAUCAUUGAGCGGCACACCUUCCGGAAGGAGGCCUUCCUGCCGGACCCCAGCUACAGCGUGCCGGGGGCCGUCCUCAGCAGGACCCCCUCCUUCAAGGCCGUGGACUGCGGGCCCCACAGGAAGCCAGGGGCUUUCUACCAGACCCCCCAGGUCAAAACUGACCGAGCCAACAACUCGGAGGGGGUCUAUGACCGCCCCAAAGUGAGCACGUCGCUGGCCCAGAAUGGGACCGGCGGGGACUACCAAAGGCCCCAGGUCAAGCCGUCAGUGUUGGAGAGCUACUCCUCCCCCAGGGACUGUGUGAAAGCAGGGGGUGGCACUACCCGGAGCCCCAAUGUCUGACCUCAAAAGAGGACAGGAGUGUGCUUUGGUCCAUUUUGCUGGUUUAACAGACAAAGUGACUGUUUUGUUUUUUUUUUUUGUUUUUUUUACCUUAAAUCAUUUUAUUAGGACUAUGUCUGGCGGCAGGAGACGCUGGUGUCUGUACCCGCAGUGUGUUAGGAAUCUCCUCAGAUAGACAGGAGGACCGGUUACAAAGCGUGACGGAUGGCGCAUGUGUUUUUCUCAUGGGCCUGGAUACAUCAGUCCGAUGUAUGAGCAGUUUUUUGUCUCUGUGUAAAAAUGUUUGAGGGCCUAGGCUUUCAUCAAAGCACACUGCGAAUGCUUUGAUGAAGACGGUUAAAGAUGUUUGUAGAAUGUGCUUUGAACCUACCUUUCGGGAAAUUCCUUGCCUCUCCAUAAACCGUGACCCGCGAUUUUACAUACUCGCAGGUAAAAGAAUUGGAGAUCUUGGUGUAGGUCGGGGCAAUUCCAGGAGCAGGCUGAAAGUUGAUUGCUUUCAACGCUCCUUGACUGGAAUUUGGGAAUUAACAUGGGAAUAUCUGGCUGCUGAGCGCAGUCGUUUCCAGCUUUAAUGUCCGCUUCCUUAUGUCUUCCAGGUGGGCAGUUAGGGAGUAAGGCUCACACAGGCAUACCCCGUGCUCUCAAUCAUGCAUUUUAAUAGCUACCUCCCCGAAUAUGAGCGGUUUAAUACAAAAAUUCUUCUUCGGAACGGCUCCGACCGAAGACGGAAUGAGGUAGAAGGGGAAGCUUCAUAACGGACCGCAUUGAGGUGGCAAAUUUGUGUGUGAGCUGUGAGCAGAAGAUUUAUGCAGUAGAACUGGCCCUUGACAGCAAAUGAGUGAGAGAGUGGAGAGAGUGGAGAGAGUGGAGAGAGUGG